AUUUAGACUAUUUAUUUAUCAAAUUUGAUCUAACGCUUUUUAAACCUUUUUAUUUUUAAUUAAGCACGGUCAUCCGGCCCCAAUUUAGGAUUCCCUGUGUUACGGGUACCAGAGACUACUAACAUACUUAUAUACGUUCAAAUAUAUACAUAUGUAUAUAGAUAAUAAACACCCAAACAAAGAGCAAACAAACUGUUCAUCACGCAAUGUUUGCUCGAUGUGGGAAUCUAACACAUAACCCUCGGCGCAACAAUCAAGGCCGCUAGGUACUGUACCUCCGAGUCAGUCCUAAACAGUCCAAUAUGUCAUGCAGUUCAACUGACGCACAGGGUACAUCUGUAAAAUACGUUUACGGUUGCUGUUACACUAAUGUUAUGAAUUAACCCACCAACGCCAUCUAGUUUCUUUUUGUUAACUUUAAGCCAAUAUUCCCCGGAUUAAAAAACUCAUGGGAUGAUUAUUCAUUCAUUAAUUGCGUGGAUGUAAUUCAGAGUUUAUACGAACAUUACGUCGAAGAUUACUCUUUAAAUUAAAUCUUUAUCAGUAUAGGCUAUUUCCUUUUACCGCAACAAUUAGAAAAGUCAGUCUGUCAAAGCUGUCACUGCCACUUCAAAAUCUCACCUGAUUAUGUUUUUAAAAAUAGUAAACAAGUCGAGCAUUGUAAAUGUACGCAUUUAAUUUUCAAUAGUUACCUUAAAUAUUUACCAUAAACAUUAAAACGCAUACAUUAUGUCCGGUGAAGACUGUGAUGGUAUGGACCGUGGGGAUAACGAUGGUCCAAAAUCCGAUAAAAUGUUCACAUUGAAAAAAUGGAAUGCUGUUGCAAUGUGGAGUUGGGAUGUUGAAUGUGAUACUUGCGCUAUUUGCCGCGUGCAAGUAAUGGACGCAUGUCUUCGGUGCCAGGGUGAGAGCAAGAAGGACUCAUACGGGAAGCAGGAUUGUGUGGUGGUUUGGGGCGAGUGUAACCAUAGCUUCCAUUUCUGCUGCAUGUCUCUGUGGGUAAAACAGAACAAUAGAUGCCCGCUCUGCCAACAAGAAUGGUCCAUACAGCGUAUGGGAAAAUAAAGUACGCUUUGUAUUAAAUCACACGAAAUAAAGAAGCAGAUUUGCAAAAUAAA